UCUCACAAGCACCUCCAACAUGCGGAAGAGUUUCUUUAAUAACCUUAGACUAUUUCGUCAUAUUAAUUUAAGAUUAUUGAUUUUAUCUCCAGCUGUUGAAGAUGAUGUUGCACAUUUCUUUCCUCCCUCUGUGUUUGUGUUAUCUGCAGCCUGGUGUUUUUGGCGUUGAUAUAAAUGAAAUGAAGAGUGUUUCAGUGAAGAUGGGAGAAUCAGUAAAUCUACACACUGAUGAUGAAUUACAGUCAUAUUUCAGUAUAGAGUGGUGGUUUGGAGGCAGCCGCAUCGCUAGAAUCAAGAGAGGAAUCCUGGACAGUCCUCAAUAUAAGGAUGAGAGAUUCACUGAUAGACUGAAGCUGGAUAAUCAGACUGGAUCUCUGACCAUCAUCAACACCAGAAGAACAGAUGAAGGAGUUUAUGAACUAACAAUCACUACUGACAAUGAGGAGUCAACCAGGAGAUUCAAUCUUACUGUUAAUGCUCAUCCAUCCACCAUCACUAGUCAAAAUCCUCCAUCAUCUGAAAGUGCCACAGGUGUGUUUGGUGUUGAUGAAGUGUCAGUAAAGGAGGGAAAUUCUGUCACUCUACACACUCAUCUUCAAAUAAAGAGAGAUGAAGAGUCUGUGUGGAGCUUCAACAAAACUUGGAUUGCUAAAGUGAUUGAAGACAAACUCGCAUAUAAUGAAGAUGGAGAAUUCCAAAACAGACUGAAGCUGGAUCAUCAGACUGGAUCUCUGACCAUCACAAACACCAGAACCACAGACUCUGGAGUAUAUAUAUUUACAACCAUCAUUGAUAAUAAACAGCUAACAAGGAGGUUCAGUGUUACUGUUUAUGCUUAUUCAUCUACUACCAUCACCUCUCAUCCCAAUCCUCCAUCAGCUGAGACUGCCACAGACUGCAACCUCUGUUUUGACUCGCCUGAAGCUGUGAUCCGAUUGGUUGUUACGGUUCUGAUGGGCGUGGCUGCUUUGGCCGCGGUUGUUGUUCUGGUUUAUGACAUCAAAACCAGACGAGAAGAAGAAAGAUUUAGCACCAGCUUUAGAGACUGAUGAAUUUUACCAAUGCAUUUUCCCUCUUAAAUAUAAUCUACUGUUCAAAACAGAAAUCAACUGCAUCUGUAAAAAAUUAAAUUGGCGCAGUAAACUGUGAAUGUAAUCUUUAUGCUUCACUCUUUACUUUUGAUGUAACGAAAAAUAUUAAAUAUAAGUUCAAUAAAAAAAACUGAAAUGCUUUACAAUA